GCCUGAUCGAGGCUUUAAUCAGCCCUCCUUUUCUUUUUCUUUUUUUUUUACUCCUGGCAGGAGAUCCCUCCGGUGAAGACCAGCGUAGACAGGACUUAGCGACGGCUGCGAGAUCUCCACAUCCAGAAGGAGAAAAAAAAAAUUCACACUUUAGGACCGAGAUCUUUCCUCCUCACCGCCACCACAACCCGCAGCACCACCAGUUCACAUCCUCAGCUUAGAUCCACCGUGUAGCGACCAUGUCUGUAGCGGGGCUGAAGAAGCAAUUCCACAAAGCCACUCAGAAAGUGAGUGAGAAAGUCGGAGGUGCGGAAGGAACGAAGUACGAUGUGGACUUCACUGAAAUGGAGAAGAAAAUGGACACCACCGCUCGGGCAGUGCUGGACAUCAUGACCAAGACGACUGAGUAUCUGCAGCCGAACCCAGCCACCAGAGCUAAGAUGAGCAUGAUGAACUCCAUGUCACGCAUGCGGGGACAGGAGAAGGGACCGGGCUACACACAGACGGAGACCAUCCUGGGAGAGUCCAUGACGAGGUUUGGCAGGGAGCUCGGAGAGGACUCGAACUUCGGCAUCGCUCUGAUUGAUGCUGGAGAAGCCAUGCGUGAGCUUGGGGAGGUCAAGGACGCUCUGGACAUGGAGGUGAAGCAGAACUUCAUUGAUCCACUGCAGAACCUCCACGAAAAAGAUCUGAAGGAGAUUCAGCAUCACCUGAAGAAAAUGGAGGGUCGCCGUCUGGACUUUGACUACAAGAAGAAACGUCAGGGCAAAGUGAACGAGGACGAGAUCAAACAAGCACUAGAGAAAUUCGACGAGUCCAAGGAGAUUGCCGAGCAGAGCAUGUUCAACCUGUUGGAGAGUGAUAUCGAACAGGUGAGCCAGCUCGCUGCACUGGUCCAGGCUCAGGUGGAGUACCACACCCGGGCUGCUGAGAUCCUCACACAGCUCUCCAGCAAGAUGGACGAACGGAUAAGGGAAACCUCUAACAAACCGAGGAAAGAGUACACCCCUAAACCACGUCCGUCUAUGGACUUCUCUAUCAGUGAGAACCACAAUGGAGGCAUCCACGGUGCUCGCUCUCCAGGGGCGAGGUCUCCAGCAAGGUCUCCAGCAAGAUCUCCAGCCAGGUCUCCAGCCCCUAUGGACCAGCCCUGCUGUCGUGCACUCUAUGAUUUCGACCCAGAGAACGAAGGUGAGCUAGGCUUCAAGGAAGGCGACAUCAUCACCCUGACCAACAAGAUCGAUGACAACUGGUACGAGGGAAUGCUGCACGGCAACUCCGGGUUCUUCCCCAUCAACUAUGUGGAUAUCCUGGUGCCGCUGCCCCACUAGGACGUCACCGCGCCCAGCCAUGUCUGCAAAGGUGGCAAAUCCUGACCUCUGGUUUCCUUCCCUCUGCCUCCGGUAUUCCCAGUAACCUUUCUCCUAAACAUUCCUACCAACCACCUGCACUCCGCUUUACAGGAGUCAAAACAGCAACAACACAAUAACAAAACAAAAAUGCGAACAAAGGUCGACCGCAAAUUAGCGCAAGUAUGCACCAACUGAGAGUUAAAAAACUAGAAAUGAGGGAAAAAUCUGCAUUGAUGUCGUUGCUUCCCCUUAUCCCCCAGGAGGCCCUUUUCAGGCCUCCGUAGUCAUUUUAUCCAUUUCUGUCCCGGCUUUUGUCUCAGUUUACGUUGGCUGUCAGUCCGUCAUAAGUUUAUCAGAGGAGCUUUACAAAAAAAUCACACUUUAUCUAAUUCACUGUACUUUGUGGAAAAAAAACCUCUACAGUAGUUAGAUUCUUUUCUCUCACAUACUAGGAAAAAAAAAAUCGGUCCACGUGCUUCAUGUUUGUUAGAGACUCUAGGUCAAGCAUGGUUUCAAGUGUUUAACGUUUUUCUCUUAUUAAAAAAAGAUAAUAUGUUGAGCUGAUUUUGUUUCGUUUGAAAUAUUCCUUUUUGUUUUUUUUAAACGGUAAUCGUCCCUCGGCACACUUCGGGGCUCAUGUCCCCCGUCGUGCUCCAAAGGUCGUCUUCACCUUUUAACUCUUCAGAGUUUUGACAAAAAAGUUGUAGGCAUAUACAUCUAGCUGAUAACUAACAACCAGGAUUUUACCCAUCGUACUUUUAUAUUUUGAUUUUUUACAUAUCGACAUGUGCGCGUGACUGCUCGUAUGUGGUGAUUUAGAUACCAAAGUUACAUGCAAAAAAAACCCCAACAAAACAACAUGAAUCGACUCCGGUUUCAGCUUCAAGACUUAAAGACAUCGCGGUGUUGGUACAUCAGUUUGAUGCAACAGGGUGAAGCUCGCAAUCUCUACGUUCUUUGGUAUUUUCAUCAAGAGGAGAGGAACUGUAUUCUUGAGUAUGUGACAUUACAUAUCUGAGCCAGUGAUUAGUGGAGUGAUGACAUGAUUUGCGAAAAAAAAAAAAAAAAGAAAAGAAAAAAAAA